UUCCAAGCUUCUUACUAGCCUAUAACUGUGGGACAAGUGCUACUUUCUACUUCAGAGUCCAAAGGCCUCACUGGAGCAUCACCUUGGGCAAACCCAGCUCACACCCUUCUGGGCAAAGGAGGGAAAGCCAGAGCUAGACGCCUUGAAUAACUGGAAACACCAGGUAACCGGACAGGAAGCUCUGUUCAGGCAGGUGGAGAGGAAGCUCUGCUCAGGCAGGUGGCACGUGGCCACCGAGACCUAGUUAGGAAGCCUGAGUUGCAAAAAAUAGCUGCUGGAGAACCCCACGUCUCCUGUGACGUGAGCCCCGAGGAUGAGGCUGCUCAAGCUGCUGAUUUUCCUGGCCCACUGGGGAGUCACCAAGGCUGGACCAGGAAAGUUCUGGCACAUCUCUGACCUGCACCUUGACCCUGACUACAAGGUAUCUACAGACCCACUACAGGUAUGCCCAUCAGCCGGCUCCCAGCCGGUGCCCAACUCGGGCCCCUGGGGUGACUACCUCUGUGAUUCUCCCUGGGUCCUCAUCAACUCCUCUAUCUACGCCAUGAAGGAGAUCGAGCCGGAGCCAGACUUCAUCCUCUGGACAGGUGAUGACACACCUCACGUGCCCAAUGAGAGGCUGGGAGAGGCGGCCGUGCUGAAAAUUGUGGAGCGCCUGACCAAGCUCAUCAGAGAGGUCUUUCCAGAUACUAAAGUAUAUGCUGCUUUGGGAAAUCAUGAUUUUCAUCCCAAAAACCAGUUCCCAGCAGGGAGCAACAAUAUCUACAAUCAGGUAGCAGAACUGUGGAGACCCUGGCUCAGUAAUGAAUCCAUUGCUCUCUUCAAAGAAGGUGCGUUCUACUCUGAGAAGUUGCCGGGGCCAAGGACGACUGGGCAAAUUGUGGUCCUCAACACCAAUCUGUAUUAUAGCAACAACGAGCAGACGGCCAGCAUGGCUGACCCUGGCCGGCAGUUCCAGUGGCUGGAAGACGUGCUGAGCAAUGCAUCCAGAGCUGGGGAAAUGGUGUACAUUAUUGGCCACGUGCCCCCUGGGUUCUUUGAGAAGACGCGGAACAAAGCUUGGUUCCGGGAGGGCUUCAAUGAGAAAUACCUGAAGGUGGUCCAGAAGCACCAUCGAGUCAUCGCAGGACAGUUCUUCGGGCACCACCACACGGACAGCUUUAGGAUGUUCUAUGAUGAUGCAGGUGCCCCCAUCAGUGUCAUGUUCCUUACACCUGGGGUUACCCCAUGGAAAACCACAUUACCUGGAGUGAUCAACGGGGCCAACAAUCCAGGUAUCCGGGUGUUCGAAUACGACCGAGCCACACUGCGCCUGCAGGACAUGGUGACUUACUUCGUUAACCUGAGCCAGGCGAACGCGCAGGGGAUGGCGCGCUGGGAGCUCGAGUACCAGCUGACCAAGGCCUACGGGGUGCCCGACGCAGGCGCCCGCGCCAUGCACGCUGCGCUGGGCCGCAUCGCCAGCGACCAGGGCACGCUCCAGCGCUACUAUGUCUACAAUUCCGUCAGCUACGACACGCGGGCCUGCGACGAGGCCUGCCGCGCCGAGCACGUUUGCGCGCUUCGCGAAGUAGCUUUCGACGCGUACGCCACCUGCCUGCGCGGCCCUGGCACUGCUCUCGCACCCGGGCUCGCGCUGCCGCUGGCGCCGCUGCUCGGCCUGAGCGCGUUGCUCGCGCGGUGACCUUGGGCGCCACCUGCCGGA